CGAUGCUGGGCUGUUGUUGGAGUCCAGCACGGCCUCUGGGACUCCCUACAGACAAGAAAUGAAAUGUCCUCAAGCCCCAAGCAGGAGGAAACGAACCACUACUAUAAUGGAUGUCACCACCAGUUUAAUGAAUCAUUAUGAAGACCAACUGCAACGUGACUGUUGUUUGGAUGGCAUAAAGGACACUACUGUUUCAUACACUUGUGAGAGGCGCAGCGAGUACAUAGUGGACGGGGCAGCUUGUGUCGAGGCUUUCCUGUACUGCUGCAAGCAGAUGGAAAACCAGCGAGCUGACAGGAAAGAGGACAACCUCCAACUGGCUCGCAGUGAGGAUGACAACAGUUACAUGGACAGCAAUGAAAUUGUUUCUCGCACAAACUUCCCUGAAAGUUGGCUGUGGACAGAUAUCAAACUGCCUUCUUGCCCUCGACAAACACCAAACUGUGACACCACAUCAGUUGUGAAAAAUGUUCCUUUGCAAGAUUCAAUCACAACCUGGCAAUUCACUGGCAUUAGUCUGUCAAGAACUCACGGAAUCUGUGUCGGCAAUCCGUUGGAGGUCAUUGUCCGCAAGGACUUCUUCAUUGAUCUCAGACUUCCCUACUCUGCUGUCAGAGGAGAGCAGAUAGAAAUUAAGAGUAAUGAAUGGCAGUCAAUUAAGAGGUUUGUGUUUUGUUUGUGUCCAGGCUAUGAGAACGAGCUUGCCUUCCGUAAAAAUGAUGGGUCUUUUGCUGUGUUUCCAAGAAGUCAAAGUAGCAGCUGGCUGACAGCAUAUGUUGUCAAGGUGUUUGCCAUGGCCAAAGAUCUCAAUGCACAGCAACCUGAUGGGAUGUUUAAAGAAGAUGGAUAUGUGUUCAGUAGUGCAAUGCGAGCUGGUAAAGAUUCAGAUGCCUCCAUGACAGCCUUCUGCCUUAUUGCUAUGCAGGAGUCACGCACAAUAUGCGAUCAAUCUGUAAAUAGUCUUCAAGCCAGUAUAGACAAAGCAGUGGGCUACCUGGAGUCACGUCUGCCCAACCUCAUCUACUCAUAUGCUGUUGCCAUUACAUCAUAUGCCCUGGCCAAUGAAAACAAACUCAACAAGGAGAUCCUCUACAAGUUUGCUUCCUCAGACUUGUCCCACUGGCCAGUACAGGAGCAUAAAGAAUAUACACGGGAGGCCACAGCUUACGCUCUUCUUGCUCUGGUCGAAGCAAAGGCCUUUGAAGACGCCAGACCUGUGGUCAGAUGGUUCAACCAACAGCAGAACGUGGGCGGAGGCUUUGGAUCAACUCAGGCUACCAUAAUGGUGUACCAGGCUGUUGCUGAGUACUGGGUCAAUGCCAAAGAACCAGAGUAUGAUCUGAAUGUGGAAAUCUUGUUGCCAGGCAGGUCAAAGCCUGACAAGUACAAUUUUAACAGGGAAAACCACCACACCACGAGAACAUCUAGAACCAACGUUAUAAACAGUGAUGUAAAUGUAAGAGCCACGGGGCAUGGAGAGGCAACGUUGACCAUGGUGUCGGUGUAUUACACUCUGCCUAAAGAAAGGGACAGUGACUGUCAGAAGUUUAACUUGUCAGUGCAGCUCAUCCCAGAGAAAAUGGAUGAAGAUGAGAAGAUAUACAAGUUGAGAAUAGAUGUUAUGUUUAAGGACAAUAGGCACGAUGCAACCAUGUCAGUUUUGGAUAUUGGCUUCUUAACUGGCUUCACUGCUAACACAAAUGACCUGAACUUAUUGUCCAGGGGACGUGCCCGCACCAUUGCAAAAUAUGAGAUGAACACAGUCCUGUCAGAAAGACGCUCACUCAUCAUCUACCUGGACAAGGUUUCUCACACUCAACCAGAGGAGAUCACUUUUAGGAUCCAUCAGCAGAUGAGAGUGGGCAUCUUACAACCAGCUGCUGUGUCUGUCUAUGAAUACAAUAACCCAACACCUUGUGUAAAGUUCUACCACCCAGAGAGGACAUCUGGACAGCUUCUGCAGCUCUGUAGAAAUGAUGUAUGCAGAUGUGCUGAAGAGAACUGUAGUAUGCAGAAAAGGGGCAACAUCGACAAAGAUGAUCGUAUAGCUAAGGCUAGUGAGGUCACAACGACCAGCCGAAUAGAUUUUGUGUACAAAGUCAGAGUGGAAAAUUUUACAGAUGGUUUGUCCACUGACAUUUACACAACGCGGAUAGUGAAAGUCAUUAAAGAAGGAACUUAUGAUGUGGGUCUUCUGGGUGAACUGUGCAUUUUCCUCAGUCAUCCGCACUGCAGACAAGCUUUGGAUUUGAGAACUGGAAAAACCUACCUUAUCAUGGGUGCAUUCAAAGAUAUUCACAAAGACGACCAGACUCAGUCGUAUCAGUAUAUGCUUGGUGAGAAUACCUGGGUCGAGUACUGGCCCACAGAAGCAGAGUGUCAGACUGAAGAACACGGAUCUACUUGUGUGGGCAUGGAUCAGCUGGUCAAACGCACACUCUUUGAAUGUCUGUAUUAAUGAAACUGAAGAAAAUAAAAAGGUGUUUUGAAUUGCGUUUGUUUUACAUUACUCUCAUGUACACAUUUGAUUACAUAAAAUAUGAGAAGUAAAAAACUACACUACAUGUCUGUUUAAGCUGAAUGUUGUUAUGCAAAUAUGUUUUUGAUUUUUACAUAUUUUGUACAAUAAUCACAAUAACACAACAGUAGUGCUUAGUGUUCCAGUAAAAUAAACAUAUAAAUAAUGUUUUAUUCAUUAUUGCUGGGCAGUACUAAACGAUUGCCAGACCUUAUAAUAUUUCUAAGCAUGUAAAAAAAUCUCAGGGCUUCAUAUAUAUUCACUCAAGCCCUGUAAAACAUUUUUGAUUACAUCAAGUGACUUAUGUCUGGCUGCCAGGUUGAGUGUUAGAGGGAUCACAGGACAACUGCAAUGGUAUAAAUGGUGCUAUACUUAAACAGAAUACUGGACAAGAAAAAGCUGCAUGCUUUAACCAAUAUGCUUUGGAUAUUAAAAGGUAUAUCAGGCAAUUGAAGCCAGUGGAUUAAUGUGGUUUUCUGUUGCCAGCCUGCCGUAGUUUAAUUAUUUCCAUCAAAAGCAGGCAACCAUUCACCAUUAUAAAAGAUGACUAUGGAGUUCAACUUGGUUGUUAAGUUUCUUUGAGUUUAACUGGAUGAGACAGGAGUGGGCGGAUAUAAAGGUGCAGGAGGAGGGAGGUGAGGGUAUAAAAGGAGAGUGUGCAGAGCUGGAGUCUCCAGUAACAGCAGAUAUGUAGAUGUGUAUGUGCUACCUGCAUGCAUGUAGAGGGUAGCUGCAACAUGCAAAAAGAUUUGUGUGUAUUGUGCAGGAAGCACAAAUAUUAGUUCAGUCAGGACCACUUUUGUCAAAAUAACUUUUAUUCCAAAGCAGAAUAUUACAUUUUGCGGUAUGGCUCUGUAUGAGAACUGUCAACGACGAAAUGAUCAAUACGUUAGCUUACCUGUUGACUGUACGGUACG